CUCUUUCUAGACAGGAGAUUUUGAAGCAAGAAAUCAACAAAGGACUUUUGAAUUUGUUUCUCAACUUCUUGUGCUACACAUUAUAGAAUUAGAGUUAUUUUACAGCAUUAUUUUGAAACUUUUGAUUUCGUAACGUGUGCGAUUGUAUUUGAUGGUGAGCAUGGAGCAACGUCUUGAGAGCAGUGCAACCUUUCCAAUGUGGUUGAGCAGUUCACUGAAAUCCAGAGAGAAAACUCAUAAUCAUUCUGUCACUAGUGGUUUGUCAAAAUUGAACAUUGAUCCCCAAGUCACCUCUUCUCCAUCAUCAUCUCCAACUACUUCGCCAGAAGAACACUUUAAACAUGAAAAUCAUUCCCAACUCAUUCUUAGUAAGAUGAACCAAUACUAUCUUAAUGGAAAGCUAAAGGAUGUCAUAUUAAUUGCAGGAGAACGAAAAAUUGAAGCGCAUCGCAUCGUUCUAAGUGCUGCAUCUGAUUACUUUGCUGCUAUGUUUACUAAUGAUUUUGGUGAAGCCAAUCAAAAUGAGAUUGAACUGCAAGGUGUAGAUCCAGAUGCUUUAGAAACUCUGGUGUGUUACUGCUACACAGGUGCCGUAGAACUAGAAGAAGAUACUGUGGAGUGCCUAAUGGCCACUGCCUGCUUACUUCAACUACCAGAAGUGGUGGAAGCUUGUUCAACUUUUUUGAUACGCCAACUUCAUCCCUCCAACUGCCUUGGUAUUCGUCUAUUUGCCGAUAGCCAAAGCUGCACUCGUCUAUUACAAGUAGCUCAUGAUUACACGGCCGACCAUUUCAUAGAAGUCAUAGGAAGCCAGGAAUUUGUUUUACUUCCCGCUGACGAGAUUGCCAAGCUUCUGGCGUCUGAUGAUUUAAACGUUCCUAACGAGGAAUUAAUGUUUCAAGCGCUGAUGUUGUGGCUUCGCCAUGAUCUUCCUGAAAGGAAAAAAGAACUGCCGCAUCUGCUCUCAUUAAUCAAACUGCCACUAAUUUCUCCUGGGUUUAUUGCCGAUCACGUAGAAAGCAAUCCGAUCUUUCGGGAAGAUCGGGUUUGUCAAGAACUUAUUGUCGAGGCUCUAAAGUAUCACUUACUUCCCGAACGUCGAUCUACGCUUCAGUCACCUAGAACACGACCUCGGAAAUCCACCGUGGGAUCAUUAUAUAUUGUGGGUGGUAUGGAUGCAUCAACCAAGGGACCAACAAGUGUCGAUAAGUUUUGUCUUCGUACUAAUUCCUGGUCAUCACCUACCGCAUCCAUGACUGGAAGAAGACUCCAGUUUGGAGUUGCAGUCGUUGAUAAUAAAAUCUACGUAGUCGGUGGACGCGAUGGACUAAAAACGCUUAGCACGGUGGAAUGCUGGGAUCCAUGGACCAAAGUAUGGAGCAGUAUGCCCCCUAUGGCAACGCAUCGUCACGGACUGGGCGUAGCCAGCCUUGAAGGACCAUUGUAUGCAGUAGGAGGCCAUGAUGGUUGGUCAUACCUCAAUAGUGUUGAGCGUUGGGAUCCUGUCACCCGCCAGUGGAGCUUUGUUGCUCCAAUGAAUAGUCAGCGCUCCACCGUUGGUGUUGCAGCACUUAACGGAAAGCUUUACGCUGUGGGUGGCCGAGAUGGGAGUUCUUGUCUUCGCACAGUCGAGUGCUAUGAUCCACACACCAAUCGCUGGACAUUGGUGGCUCCGAUGAGCAAACGACGAGGUGGAGUAGGUGUUGCAGUAGCACACGGAUAUCUCUAUGCUUUUGGUGGUCAUGACGCACCUGCUUCAAAUCCAUCAGCAGCCCGAUUCGAUUGUGUUGAAAGGUAUGAUCCGCUGUCGGACUCCUGGACGAUAGUGACUUCAAUGAAGAAUGGUCGCGAUGCAAUGGGUGUAGCCUUUAUGGGUGAUAGAUUGUUCAUUGUUGGUGGAUUCGAUGGUCAAGCUUAUCUCAACUUCGUCGAAGCGUACGACCCGCUUACAAAUUUGUGGCAACAGUUUGCACCGCUUCCAUCUGGACGUGCUGGUGCUUGUAUCGCUGUAGUAAGAGAUACGGUUGCCCUAGUUGUUUAAUCGGAAGAAAGCUCUGGUCUGCUGCCUGAUAUUUUUUGAGAUGGACUCGCUGUUAUGUUUGAGUUCUCCUCUUUUUUAAUUGUUCUCCCAAAACCAUUCUGUGAUUUUCUGUUUGAUUUGUUCGUCCUGUUUUUGAAGCUACGAACCGAGCGCUAUCUGGACAUUCCUGUCAAAGUAUCUCUUUCUUCCUAUUUUUCAAAAAUUUUCGAAACUACGAAAAUAGUGAACGAUUCCUUGAGUCUCUUCUGUUCUUUUUGUUUUCCGGGCCCAAUGGUAUCUCGCUGGAUAAGUGUUGAACACGCCCCUUCCUAGAGCCAAAUUGCCAAAUUAUUUCGCAGAUCCUCAAAAUUUUAAUCUAUUUUACCCAGUUUUUGUCGUGCUUUUCACUGCCAAAGCAGUAUAUGGACCAAUUCCUUUAAACAUUUGGUUGGAACAAAUUUUUUCUUUGUCGUUUUUGACUAGCAUUGUUUUUAUUUCGUUAUCUUUGCUCCUCUUUAAUGUGUCUAUAUGUCAGUAUUAGACUAGGUACCCUAAAGAAAUAGAAAAUGAAAC